UGCUACAUAGUCCUGAGUAGUGUUAAAUUUUCCCAAACCGCUAGUCACAACAGAAAGGCACGUAACGAACGGUGCCAGUGCAACAACAAGACAGUUAGUCGUCCCAGUCCUGCAACAGCCGGCAGUCAUGACACACAUCACGCUAGAGUUCCUGCAAGGAUUCCUCCGAGAAGAACAUCCUGAUGUUAUACUACAGAGUUUUGAGGGUGCACCAGGCUCCAAAAGAGGCGACAAUUACACCUCAAUGGUAUACCGUAUUACUCUCAAAGGUAUUCAGAAAUCCCAAACAGACGAUUCCGAAUCAGAAAUACCAUGGGAAGGGUCCAUAAUAUACAAAUGCCUGCCAGAAAACGUGGUGAUGAGAGAAGCUUUCAAAAGCGAUGAGCUUUUCUGCAACGAAGUGGCAUUUUACAACAAGAUUUGGCCGACGUUGGCUAACUUUCAGUCCCAGUGGGGGAGUGUGAAAGACCCCUUUAAUUCUAUACCAAAAUGCUACCUUGCGAGGAACGACUGCGUGGUCCUCAAAGAUUUGAAGCAAUAUGGGUUCGUAAUGCCAGAUAGGAAGCAAGGAUUGACUAUUGAACAGACUUAUGUAGUGCUCAAAAAUCUGGCGCAUUUCCACGCCCUGUCCCUGGCCAUGAAGUGUCACAGCCCUGAUGAGUUUUACGAGCUGCUGAACUCGAAAGAUGGAAUUUCAGAAGUAUUUUUCUUAUCCGAAAACGAUGAUUACUACAAAGAGUACUAUCGAGAAGCGAUCCACAACGCAAUCGCUAUGGUAGAGGAAGAGCUUCAAGAUUCAGAAGAUAAGGAGCUAUAUCUGGAGAAGUUCAAAGAGUUCUGCAGCGAAGACACUUUCUUCAAGAAUAUGGUAGAUCUGGUAGCGCCGAGUGAACCAUUGGCGGUCAUCUGUCAUGGCGACUGUUGGACAAAUAACUUCUUAUUUCGUAGUGUCGAUGGCGCUAUUUCUGAGAUGUACCUGGUAGAUUUCCAGCUAGUCCGCUACGCCUCCCCAGCGUUGGACUUGGCGUACAUAAUGUACCUCUGCCUGGAGAGGUGGCAGAGGGUGGAGCACCUCACACCCCUCCUCCGCCACUACACGGCAGAACUGCAUCAACGGCUGCUGGAGCUCAGCGAUGAUGACUCGCUGUUCUGCGGCGCUCCUAACGAGGAAGCUUUGUAUGAACUGUUGUUAAAAGAGUUCAAAGAGAAAAGUCGUUUCGGGCUCGGCAUAGCUCUAGACAUGUACCCUAUAAUGAAGUGUGAAAGCAACGAGGCGCCAAAUUUGUAUCAAUCCAAGGACAACGAAUCAACAUCAAGCAUUCAGCCAGUGUGGACGUCCAAUGCAGCGUGUCGGAGGAAAAUGACAGAGUUAGUUCGAGAACUAGUGGACGAAGGCGCUAUAUGAACACAAUUUACGAUUAAGACCCUCCUCCGAGCAAACGGCCGUGAGCAAUCCUUCCAUACAUUUUCUGUGCACGACUUACAGCCGGAAUUUGCAAUGAUUUACGAAUAAUUUAACUAAAAAUAAAUGAUUGAUCUUUUUGAAAAUGUUAAACUACCAAAAUAUUCGUUAUUAAUUGGCCCAUUUAAUAGUGUUGGUUGCAAAUUAAAAUAAUGAAUACUUUAGGAGAUACAAGGAAUCAAAUAUUUAAGUGGCAUGUUUAUUGUGACAUUAAUAACAUAAUAUUGACAUUAUUUUUCUUUUUAACUACCAGAGUUAAGAUAACAUAUUGUAGAAAUAUGUGGUUUCAUUUUUUUCCAUUUUAUAAAUUUCGAAUAGAUCUAAAAAUUCGUUUACCUAAAGCGACGACUACAACUGGGGCCUUAUUCUCUAUCCCGCACGUUAUUUUAACCGUGCGUAACGAGCACGUAACACAACGC